CAUCAGAUGAAGCCCUAAGGCUUCAUCUGAUGCAAAAGCACGCCGCCAGUGCCAAAGGGCAAACAAGACUCCAACUCCAAGAAGAAGACGCCAGGCUCCAAGAACUCCAAGAAGCUUCAGUUGAGAUUCUACCAUCCUGCUUCAAGCCUUCAAUUCAAGGCUCCAAGACUCCAACUCUCCACCAUUCCAUUCACAUAAAUCUUUUAGAAGUUGGAGAUUUGGGAAGUCUUGCUCAACAAAUGGUUAAAACUGGUAAAAAUACAGUUUUUCCAUUGGUUUAUCGUCUGAUCCAGUUGGCAUUAGUUCUACCAGUUGCGACUGCUUCUGUUGAAAGAGUAUUUUCUGCAAUGAAUAUUGUCAAGACUGAUUUGCGCAACAAAAUGGGAGACGAGUGGAUGAAUGACUGUCUGGUUGUAUACAUCGAGAAGGAUAUUUUUGCAACAAUUGAAAAUGAGCAAAUAUUGCAGCGUUUUCAACGGAUGAAGACUCGCAGAAUGCAAUUGCCUCCUCUUCGUUAUUCGAGUGCAACAACUACCAAUACUUCAAGUGUUAAUCAAUAACAAAUUUUUGGGUAUGUA